AUGCCAACGGCGGUGAUGGCAGUAACCCGGCUUAUUGAAGAAGCUAAAGUAAGUACGGUAAGUGAGGAGGCGGCAGCGCUGCUUUCGCUACCCUGUUAUGCUGACGUGCAGUUAAGCGUGAGGCUAGAACGCCCAGAACAGCUUGCUGUCGACAAAUUCGAAGAAGAAGCGAAAGUAAUAACUGAAGAAAUGGAGAAAGAAGUUCAGAAGAAAAAGCCAAAAAAAGAAAAACGACGACGAUCACUAGUAGAAGACGUCGAAUUUUCGCUUGAAGCUCCAGUGAAAAAGGAAUUUAUCACUGAAGUAACUGUGCCACUCAGGACUAAAGUUACAGAAGAGACCGUUGAAUUUGCUACGGGUUUGCCGAAAAUGGUGGCAGACUUUGAAAAAGAGGCGAAAGUUCUGCUUAUUGAAAAACUAGCAGAAAUCGAUGAAGCAAAAGUUGGAAAGAAAAAGAAGAAAAUACCGAAGUCACUUGUGAUUCCUCCUGAGAUAAAUUCGAAAUUCGGCGACAAGAGCACAUUACUUUCAGAAACAACUGUCACCACCGAACUUGCAAUGAAUGAAGAAAGCGCAGAAGUAGAAUUAUCGCCAAAAAAACCCCUCCCUGCUACUGUCACAGCGAAAGUGGAUUCAGCAAAGCCUCGUGAGCCAGUGAUGAUUCGACCAGAUUCUGAAGAGUUUACAUUCACUGGUGCGGAAGAGCCUGCUGAAUCAGCAGAAUCCUUACAAAAACUAAAACAGCAGGUUAAACUGCCGCUUGCACCUAAAGUGAAGGAAGAGAUGGAAGAAGUAGACUUCGUGCUUGGACAAGGUGAUCGUCGAGAGAAUGCAGAAAGUACUCUGCUCAUUAAGCUUGUUGAGGAGCUAGCGAUAAUUGUGCAGGCAUCUGCAAAGAAGCAACGCAAGGCUGAAACAACCGAGGAUAAGGCUGAGAAAAAAAGGCAUAGGGCUUCGGAACUGGUGGAAAUCCUCGCUUCAUUCAGCGCUAGCGAACAACGGGAAUUUUUCGAUGUGGUUGCUCUGCAUAUUUUAAGUGAAGCAGCAGCUAUAUGUGUGCACGGUGAAGUCCCAAAGAGAAAAAGGAGUAAAUUGAUGGAGGAGCUAAAGGAAGCUGGAGAGAAAAAAGCGAGCAGACGAAAGACCUUGGAAAUGCCGAAACCAGUUCUGGUUAGCACAGAAGCUACGUUCAUAAAGGAUAAGCUGCUGGAACAAGUAUCUUCUAGUCUGCUGAUCGGCAACUUGGAAGCAGUCACUGCUACAGUUGAAAUGAAGAAACGCCGUAGGCCAUCUGAAAAGCCAAAACGAAAAGACGAGGAAACGGCAGGUGAACGGAAAAAAGAUGCGGAGAAGUUAAAAGAAUUGGGAGUUGCCGAAAUGCAAAUGAAAACAGUUCCGGUAGAUUUUCGAAGAUCAGAAGAAAGUGAGGAAUGUGAUGCAAUUCUGAAUGAAAUCUUUUACGAACAGGCACAACGAACUGUAGCCGAAGUACAACGCAAAAAAGUGAAAAAGCAGAGGCGAAAAGAGGCAGAGCCACUGCUGGAUGAAGAAACUGCUGUAGCUGAAUUUACUCUCAAAGCUAAGCGUGAGGGAACGGCUGAGGAAGUACCAGAGGCAGACGAAAGAGUUGAUUUGGCUAUUUUGCGCAAAUCCGUGAGUGAGCGCCCAGCCGAGGUCGCAGCGGAAACUGAACAGCAAGCAAUGAUAGCACCGAAACAAGAAGACUUAUAUGAACAUGUUCGAAAGAAACGGUCCGGAUUUAUUCAAGCUCCUGAUCAAGAAAUUAUUGUUUUUCGCGGUGAUACAGUCAAAAUUGAAUGCGAGCUUGUGAAUGACGAAGAUGAGCUGAUGUGGUUUGUUAACGGUAAGCCUGCAGAAGAGAUUUCGAGAUGUACUGCUGAAGUAGACUCGUUCACAAGGACGCUCAAGGUUGCUGAUAUUACGCCAGAGGAUAGUGAAAUGAAGAUUAUCGCCAAACUGGGCGACAUCGUUGCAGAAACAGUUAUUCGUGUAGAAGAUACACCAGCAGAAAUUGUAGAGCGUUUGCCGUGGCGCACGUCUGGCAAAUUCGGCGAAGAUAUAACGCUGUCUGUGACCGCUACACACCCGGCACAGACCGUUACGUGGAAGAUCAACGGCGAAGAGUUGCCAAAGGAAAAUUACGUAACGGCUAGGGAGGGCAACCUGUAUAAACUGACGAUCAUAAACGCUACUUAUGAGCAAGCAGGACGCUACUCUGUGAAUAUCGAUUCAUCGGAAACUUCUACAACCGUGAUUGUAGAAGGGGCACCAGUUAUCGAAGAGCAACUCUUGCCUGAUAGUAUUGAUUUGGAAGUACACGAGAAUCUGAUCCUCAACAUUCCAUUCAAAGCAGCUCCUGAACCAACAGUUCAGUGCUUCCUGGACGAUAAACCACUCCCCGUGGGUGCCAAACUGCAGCUUGAUAUUAUUGGUGAUACGGUUCGUUUGUGCAAGCGAAAAACAACAAAGUAUGACUCCGGCGAAUACACAGUGAAAAUAUGCAAUGAAUUUGGUGAAGUCGCCAAAACAUUUACAGUUAACGUUAAAGGUAUGUUUGCAGAACUAAAUGAAAAACAGCAGGCCAGUUCGGGGCCGUUAAGAUUUUCAAGAAUGACAAACAGUAGCAGGUUCAGGAAUUCAUUUUAA